UCGGGGUGUCUCAGAGCUGAACAGCACCCAGCUUUUGGGGACCUGUUACACAUUUAGGGAGGAAAAGCGUCCACAAAAGCUGUUCUGAUCCCGGCGUGGGGGGCCAGACGAGAAGCCUAAAAUGUACAGGUGACGAGGACGAGGCCCGCCCGUUGUCGUGUACGCCAGCGCAGGAUUUACCCAGAAGGCAGGAAAACGCCGGACGCAGGAGGAAGUAAAUACCCAGAGGAGCAGGUUGAGAGGAUUGAUUCAGAAUGCUGGUCCAGCGUCGGCCCUGAGGACUGAGACGAGACUAAAAGCUGAUCCAGAACCAGACGAGAACCUGACAUUACACAAAGACUGAAUGUCUCUCUGUCUGAGGUGACACUGGCAAGCGAAGCGAGAUGGAUGUGUUUGGCGGAGCACCCCGGUUUCUGGCCUACCCGCGCCCCGUGGUGGUGCAGAGCGGCACGGACGCCGUCCUAAAAUGCCAGAUCGGCGGCGACCCCAGACCCGCCGUGAUCUGGGAGAGAAACAACGAGAAGAUCCAGCAGGGUGGCAGGUAUCGGGUGUUCGAGGAUGGGAACGUUUACAAUCUCAUCAUCGCGGCGGUGACGUUAGAGGACAGCGGGCAGUACAUCUGCAAAGCUAAGAACUGCAUCGGGGAGACGUACGCCGCCGCCACGCUGAAGGUGGAGGGUGAAGCUCAGGAAAUGGAGCUGAGGGAGGAGAACAGGCCGCGGUUUCUCAUCAAACCUCUGUCCACCAGAGUGGGCCGGGGGGAGGACGCCGUGUUCUCCUGUAAGCUGUGGGGGAAGCCGAGGCCGGAGGUGGUCUGGGAGAAGGACGGUAAGAAGCUGAACGAGAUCUUCGAGAGCACACACUUCAGUGUCGGAUAUCAGGAUGGAGGAUGGUUCCAGCUGAAGAUCUUUAAAACCAGGGCGCCCGAUGGUGGAGUGUACACGUGCAAGGCCAGGAACGAGUUCGGUGAGAGUUUGGCCGGAGCCGUGCUGCUGGUGGACGCGGGUCCUGGACACGAGGACGAGGGGGGCAGGAACGGUUACACCAACGGUCACUGGAAAUCCCACCAGGCCAAGCAGAGGAGCAGCAAGCAGGUGGCGACCAGGCUGAAGGACUACCCGCUUCCAAACUCCGUCAAGGUGAAAAUGUUCGCCGUGACGGAGGGGAAACACGCAAAGUUCCGCUGUUACGUGACGGGGAAACCCAAACCAGAGAUCAUCUGGAGGAAGGACGGUAAGAUCAUCCUGUCGGGGAGGAGAUACCUGCUGUACGAGGACCGUGAGGGAUACUUCACUCUGAAGGUUCUGUACUGUAAACAGCAGGAUAACGGAGUUUACGUAUGUGCAGCGUCCAACACGGCAGGACAGACGCUGAGCGCCGUGCAUCUCUUCGUUAAAGAACCGCCCGUGAGAUUUAAGCAGCCACUCAUUGACCUGGAGGUCUGGGAGCGGGACCUGGCCAUCCUGGAAUGCGAAGUGCCCGAGGACUCGGUGCCCAUUACGUGGUAUCUAGAGGACCGGAGGCUACAGCCGGGGGCCAAAUACGGGAUGGAGGAGUGGGGGACGAAGCGCAGGCUCACGAUUCGAGACAUGGGAGUGGAUGACGAUGGGAUCUACCUGUGCGAGAUGCCAGACGGAGGGCGGAGCAUUGCUGAGGUAACUGUCAAAGGUACCAUAGUGAGGAAGCUGCCCAGGAAGGUGGACGUUCUGGAGGGUGAGAAUGCAGCGUUUUGUGUGGAGGUAGAGGAGGAGGAGAUGGACAUUCACUGGUACAAAGAUGGAACAGAGCUCAGAGAGACUCAUCAGACCAUCCUCAAAUCCUUUGGCAGGACUCAUAUUCUAGUUUUUGUUAAUACGACACCCCAGGAUUCUGGCAUGGUCACCUUUUACGUGGGAAGAUCAAAGACGUCGUCUCAACUAAGAGUCAAAGCGGUCAGACACUGCCCACCUAGCUCUCCCGUGGGGGUUCAGAUCAACACGGAGCGAGCGAACGCAGCCCUCCUGUCCUGGGUUCCAGCGCAGGACUGCCGAAAGAACCCACCCUCGGGUUACAUCCUAGAGAGACAGGAAAUGGGCUCUCAGGAGUGGCUGCAGUGCCUGACCACAGACUCGGCCACGUCCGUGGAGAUCCUGGGCGACAGCGUGCCGUGCGAGGCCGACUACAGGUUCCGAAUCUGCAGCGUCAACAAGUACGGGAGGAGCGGAUACGUGGAGUUCCCGCGAGCAGUUCAUCUGGUACCAGUGGCCAAAAUACAAACUGCUCUACAGGACGCUCUGGUGCCGGAGGGUCAGGACGCCUGUUUUACCAUCGAGCUGUCCGCCUCGGUCAUAGGCACCUGGUUUUGGAACGGCAACCAGAUUCAGGAUGACGAUCGCUUCUCGAUAAGACGCUCACGUACACACCAAUCGCUCCGGAUCCGAGGGGUUCGAGACAGCGACAACGGAGCAGAGAUCACAUUCAUCGCUUAUGGAAUACGCGACUCUGCUGCUCUGUAUAUACAAGCACCGUUAGUUAAAUUCACUCCACUGUCCGAGAUGGACCGAAACAAGUUUGCCGAAGUCGGCAACCCCAUCGUUCUGUACUGCGAGCUGUCGGAUCCGGAGGCUCCCGUCCGCUGGUAUAAGAACGGCGUAGAGCUGCACUCGGCGGAGGGUCUUCACAUCCAAUCAGAAGGAACCAUGAGGAGGAUCGUCAUCCAAUCGGCUGAUUUUUCGCAUUCGGGCGUUUACAGCUGCGACGCCAUCGAUGACGUUAUCAGGUUUAACGUGGAGGUCGAAGCUCCGCCGGUGAGGUUCACAGAACUUCCAGUGGCUGAGAGGAACAAGUCAAUCGAAGCCGGAAAUCCCAUCGUACUGCAGUGUGAGCUCUCCGAUCCCACCGCCCAAGUCUUCUGGUACAAAGACGGAGCCAAACUUCUACCACAGAGCGGACUGAGCUUUCAAUCCGACGCCGCAAAGAGGGAACUCGAGGUCCAGAAGGCUGAGUUUUACCAUUCUGGGGUGUACAGCUGCAGGACGAAGGGCGCCGCCGUGCAGUUCAACGUGGAAAUUAAAGCUCCACCUAUAAGGUUCUCAGCUCUCCCGGAAUUCGAGAGGAGAAAGAGCGUGGAGGCGGGCGGCGUGGUCGUCCUGCGGUGCGAGGUAUCGGACCCCUCGGCAGAGGUCGGCUGGUCAAAGGACGGGGAGGAAUUUCUCGUUCAGUCUGGAGUAGACCUCGUGUCUGAGGGCUGCGUUCGGAAAUUAAUCAUCCAGAGAGCCGACGCGUCGCACGCCGGGGUGUUUAGGUGCACGACCGACGACGACGUUCUGGAGUACCACGUGGAGGUCAAAGCUGCACAAGUGCGCUUCUCAGCCGUCCCCGAAGACGACCGGAACAAAAGCGUGGAGGCUGGCAGCAGUUUUCAGCUCCGCUGCGAGGUGUCGGAUCCGACCGCCGGCGUGCGCUGGUACGCGGGCAACGCGGAGAUCCGACCGGAUACCGGCUGGGAUAUGAGAGCGGAGGGAAUGCUCAGGAUGCUGGUAGUCCGGACUUCCGAUCCCAGUCACUCUGGACUGUACAGCUGCAAGACGCCCGACGACUCGGUGCACUUCAGCGUGGAUAUUAAAGCUCCGUCAGCGAGGUUCUCAACCUUGCCAGAGGUUGUGGAGAAAGUGCUGGUUGACCACCCGGACCACUCGACCGACCCACGCCGUGAAAUCUCAGAGCCGCCGGCCGAGGCGUGUUGGUACGAGGACGGAGUAGAUCUCCUCUCUAAAAAUCUAGAUCAUAUUAAAAAGGAAAGCAAGAGGAAGCUCGCUGUCCAAGCGGCGCAAGCCUCCGAGUCCGGAUGGUACGACUCUUUGAGAAAGGAUGAUCCACUCAUCCGGUUUAAUGUUGGACAGAAAGCGCCGCCUUCACAAGCUCCGGACGUCCCCGAACCUAAGAGGAGAAAGUUUACCGGGGGAAGCGAACACGUCUCGAGUACCGAACGGAAUAACCUCUCGGACUUGCUGCAUGAUGCUGCAGAUGAGAAAAAGACGUUACAUCCACCCCUCACUGAGCCCGAACCUUUAAUGAAGUCAGAAGUGUCCAUCAGGAGUUUAAUCAUCAAGUCAUCCGAUAAACGAGACGACGCCAACAGACCUCGGACCCCCGACGAUCACAUCCAGGUUAACGUGGAUAAAGCCGGACAGUCUCCCUCUGAAGCGUACAGGGGGGAGCGCUGUGAUGACCAGUGCGCUUUGGAUAUGAAAGCUGCAAAGGCGAAUGUCUCAGCGUGCCAGGGAGGGCAGCCGACGCCCGCCGAAGCGGAUUACCCCCGGGAGCCCGAUGAAGCAUCCUGCCCCAAAGAUCCGAGCGAGAUCUCUGAACGUACGCUCCAAACCCGUGGGCGUCAGGAACCGCCCCUAGUCGGGCGACGUGACAGAAACGUGACGUCCGACGCCCUAAAAAAACAAACCGCCCAAUUGCCAAAGACGCCGCCCAACGAGGCGCGGGCGGCCGAGACUAAGGAUCGAUCGGUGACCUAUCAGGAGCGAGUAAAAGCACCUUCACCUAAACCUGUAACAUUCACACCACUACCCGAGAGCGCCAGGACCAAGAGCAUCGGGCGCGGCAUGCCGCUCGUACUCCAGUGUGAGGUCUCAGACCCGUACGCUCCGGUACGUUGGUUUAAGGAUGGAAUUGAGCUCAGAACUGAAAACGGGUUAGUGAUCCAGUCUGAGGAUUGUAUACGGAGGCUGGUCGUACCCACGGCGGAAGUCUGUCACACCGGAGCGUACGACUGCGAGGCAAUGGAUGACCAUGUAAAAUUUAAGGUGCAUGUCAAAGCUGCACAGAGGACGAGUCCAAGUCCGACGCUCCCAGAGACUCAGAGGAAUCAAAUUCCUUCAAACGAAACGGACGAGACCGGCGUUCCACAGAGCCGGCUGAUCCCUACAGAUCAGCUCGGCCGCUACGCACGACCAGAAGAAGUAAAAGCAGAAGAACGAAUUAAAAACAGUCCGAGCGUCGGCCAAUCCGAGGAUGCUGUCAGAACUCAUGAUGAGAAAUCAGACGAGCCGUCCGAUACUGGAGCGUACGCUUGUCAGACGGAGGACACGGACACGGACAAGAACACGGACAUGAACGCAGACGCCCCGAUAUCUGUGGAACCAUCAGCCGAACCCGUGACCUUCCUGCCCGUCACAGAAGCUCAGAGAAAGCGAACCUGCGUACCUGGGGAACCCUUCGACCUGGAAUGCCAGGUCUCGGACACCGCCGGGCGCGUCCGCUGGUACAAAGACGGGCGAGAGUUAACGUCUGAGGCCGGAGUUUUGAUUACGUCCGGAGAUACAAUCCGAAAACUGUCUGUGAGCUCGUCGGAAUUGUCUCACAGCGGGGAGUAUAGCUGCACGAGCGGCGAGGACGAAGUUACGUUCAACGUGGAGAUUAAAGCUCCAUCACUAAGUUUCAAACCCCUUACAGAGGUGGAGACGAGCAGGGCCGCUGAUGUAGGUCCACCCAUUGUUGUUAGCUGUGAGACGCCAGACUCUGAGACUCACGUUUGCCCGUAUAAAGAUGGCAUCGAGGUCUCUGUGCAAAGUGGAGAAAACAUCCAAACAGCCACAGAGAAUGAAAAUUCCGAGCCAUUAUGUGUAGAAUCAGGAGAGCUUUGUGACACUGGACUGUACGUCUGUGGAAGCGCUGGUGAUACUGGCUCAGUCAGACUGGACCAUCAAGACGUCUCCGUAGCUCCGAGCGUGAGGUUCUCCACCCUUCCAGAAGUCGCCAGAAACAAGUUUAUCGAAGCCGGAUGUCCCGUGGUACUUCAGUGUGAGAUCUCCGAUCCCGUUGCCAUGGUCCUCUGGUUCAAAGACGGAGCGCCGCUCCUGAAACAGACCGGCCUCGAGUUCCAGUCCGACGGCGCUCUGAGGGCGCUGAUCAUCCGGUCGGCCGAGCCCAGACACUCGGGAGUGUAUCGCUGUGAGGCCGGCGACGAUCACAUGGAAUUCAAGGUGGACGUCGCAGCUCCUCCCGUGACAUUCGUUUACAUCCCAGAAGAUGAACUCCACAGGAAUAUCGUGGAACAUGAGAAUCUUCUCCUGAGCUGCGAGGUGUCCAGAUGUGACGCCGUCGCUCAGUGGUACAAGGACGGUGUCGAGCUGGCAGCCGGUGAGAAAGUGACGGUGGAGGCUAAAGACACCCUCCGCAGCCUGACCGUCCAGUCCGUCCAGAUCUCAGACGCUGGGACGUAUACGUGCCGCGCAGGGGACAGCGCAUUGAUAUUUAAGGUUAACGUACGAGAGCCUCCGGUAAUGAUCAUCUAUCCGAAGGAGGACGUCCACCUCGACCGGCACGUUCCUGAGGAGAUCGUCCUGAGCUGUGAACUCUCACGUCCGAAUGGAAAAGUCACCUGGUUUAAGGACGGACAGAAACUCCAAGAAAGUGAAAAUAUGGGGUUUAAAACUGAAGGUCCUUACAGAAGGUUAAAGAUCUUCCACAGCAGGGUGGAGGACUCGGGCGAGUACGUCUGCGACACGGCCGACGACUCAAAAUUCUUUCAUCUGAGCAUAACGGAACCUCCGGUGCGCAUCGUUUCCCCCAGUCAGUCCCAGAUGGAACUGUGCCAGCAGACGUCGGAGAGGAUGGUGCUGAGCUGUGAGAUCUCCAGACCCAACGCCACCGUGCGCUGGUACCGGGACGGACUCGAGGUGGAGGAGAACCCCAACCUCAUCCUGGAGGUCGACGGCGUUUACAGGAGACUCAUCAUACCGGAGACGACCGUUGACGAUUCUGCAGAAUACGUCUGUGAUACCGCCGAUGACUCCGUAACGUUCUUCGUCAACAUCGCAGAGCCGCCGGUGCGAUUCAUCCGGCCGAGGAAGAUGGCCUGCAAAGUAGAAAAGUUUGUAGGAGACGCGGUGCUGCUUGACUGUGAGGUUUCCCGACCGAACGCAGAGGUGAGCUGGAAGAAGAACGGCGAGGACAUGGAGGAGAGCGCCAACGUGACCAUAACCGAGGAUGGCUGCACCCGACAGUUAACCAUUCACUCGUCCACGCUGGAAGACUCGGGUCAGUACGUCUGCGAUGCCAAGGACGACGUGAUGGACUUCAGUGUGAAGAUACUGGAUCCUCCAGUAACGUUCCUACAUAAAGAUGAAACGGUAACAGAGCGGAACUUUGUGGUGUCGGACGCCGUCGUGCUGAAGUGUGAGCUCUCCCGAGCCAACGGUGUCGUCCGCUGGUAUAAAGACGACGAGAGAAUUAUGGGUAACGAUCACUUCAUCUUCGAGGAAGAAGGAGCGUUUAGAUCCCUGAUCAUCCUCAACGCUGAGAUGAGGGACGCUGGGAAGUACACGUGUGAUGCAAACGAUGACGAGAUCAUCUUCAACGUGACAGUGGAAGAGGCGCCGGUGUCCAUCCUAGGAAACUCGGGGAACGCGGAACACUACUCGCUGGUCGCAGGGGAACAGCUGAUCCUGGAGUGUGAGGUGUCUCAGGACAGCGGCGUGGUUCAGUGGCUCUGUAACGGACGGGUCCUGCACCCGGACUCACGAACCCACAUCGAGAGUAAAGGUACGACCAGAAGACUCGUUCUCUCAAACCUUCAGGUGUCAGACUCAGGGGAGUAUAUCUGCGACGCCUUCGAUGACAAGAUGACCAUCAUGGUGACGGUACAAGAACCUCCGUUCAGGUUCAUUAAGAAGGAGGAGACGAACGUUACAGCCUGUGAGGAGGACAGCGUCACUCUGCAUGCCGUGGUGAACAGGAGUAACGCCCCGGUGCAGUGGCUCAGAAACGGUGAACCAAUCAGAUACCAUCGUUUUAGCGCCACAAGUGACGGGUGUGAUCAUUACCUCACCGCAAACCCUCUCCAAAGAUCCGACGCCGGGCAGUAUACGUGUGACGUGGGCACGGACAAAAUCAACUUCAGGAUCAACGUCAAGGCCAUGAAGGUGAAAUUCUCUAAGCCGCUGGAGAACCUGGUGGGGCUGAAAGGCAGCGACGUCGUCCUGAGGUGCGAGCUAUACACGCCCAAAGGAGACGUCCAGUGGCUGAAGAACAACCGAGAAAUCACCCCCAACCAACACUUCAGGAUCCGGGCGGACGGGCGAGAGAGGAGCCUGCAGAUACUCGGGGUGAGGGAUGAGGACGCGGGGGAAUACGCCUGCGAGUCUAAAGACGAGAGAACGUCUGCAAGCUUAGUCAUUAAGACUCCUCGCAUUGUGGAGUUUAUUGCCGAGCUGCACAACAUCACCGUCAUGGAAGGAGAAGACACCACGUUUAAGUGUGUGGUUUCUCCAGAAGAUGUCGAGCUGGUGUGGUGCAUGAACGGACGCCCAGUUACACCGAACGAGAGGUUUAGCAUCUCCAGUAACGGACUGUGUCACACGCUGCACAUCAAAAACUGUCAAGUAUCAGACGGCGGCAAACUCACGGCCGAGACCGAGGGCGUGGCGUCCAGAGCUAAUCUACAGGUUCAAGAGACGCAGGUCGUGUUCACCAAGAAAAUGGAGUCGGUGGUGGCGGAGGAGUUUGGGGAGGCGACCCUGGAGGUGGAGGUGAGCCUGGAGUGUGGGGAGGUACAGUGGAUGAGGCAGGGCGUGGUCAUACACCCGGGCCCGAAGUUCACCCUGAAGCAGAGCGGCCGAAAGCGUUCUCUGAGGAUCCACAGACUCGCCCUGUCCGACCGCGGGACCUACAGCUGCGAGACGCUCCACGACCGGUCGCAGGCCCAGCUGGGCGUGGAACCACGGAAGGUGAAGAUACGAAAAGGUCUGAGCGAGAUCCAAACCUUCGAGCGUGAAACCGCCUCCUUCGAGGUGGAACUCUCUCACAGUAACGUGGACGGCGUGUGGCAGAAGGACGGAAAACCUCUGAAGAACAACAAUCACUGCCGCAUGACGGCUAAAGGUCGCGUGCACAGCCUGACCAUAUGCAACCUGUCGCUGGAGAACAUGGGCACCUACACGUUCAGCGCCGAAAACGCAAAGACGUCGGCCAGACUCACCAUCAAAGAGACACCCGUGUCCAUCCUGAAGAAACUGGAGCACAGCAUGUUCCCCGAGGGUUCAGGAGCCACCCUGGAGUGUGAGAUCUCCAGAUACAACGUCAAUGUGAAAUGGACCAAGAACGGAGCAGAACUGAAGCCUGGUAAGAACCUUCGUAUCUACUCCAUGGGGAGGAAGUGCUUCCUGCAGAUUGUGAGGUGUGAGCUGGGAGAUUCGGGCGUGUACACGUGUGAUGCUGGAGACGCAAACACGUCCUGCACCGUGGAGGUUUACGAGCGAGAGCUGGAGGUGCUGCAGAACCUGGAAGACUUGGAUAUUCAGGAGGACCAGAACGCCGUGUUCAUGUGUGAGGUGUCUCUGGAUGACGUACCGGGAGAGUGGUUCAAGAACAGAGAGGGAAUCAAACCCACGAGCACCGUCAAGAUCCGGCAGGAAGGAGCCAAGCACUUCCUCCUUAUGUGCAACGUUAAGGCGGAGGACGCAGGAGAGAUCAAGUUUGUCGCCAGAAAUGUUGAGUCUACAGCUUACCUUACAGUGGAGAAGCUCCCGAACAACAUCGUGAAGCCCCUGCAGGACACCACAGCCCUGGAGAUGAGCCGAGUGGUGCUGGACUGCACGGUGUCGAACCCGCGCUGCAGCAUCCGCUGGUACCAGGGCGCCAGCGUCAUCCUGCCCUCCGAGCGCUUCGAGAUCUGCAGCGAGGGCUGCCACCGCAAACUGGUCAUUCAGCAGGUGGCGCUGGCUGACGAGGGCACGUACAGCGUGCAGGUGGAGAAGAACACGUCCUCGGCCAAGCUCACCGUGGAAGCCCAGACGGUGGAGGUGCUGCAGGAGCUGCAGGACGUGGAGGUCACGGCCCCGGACGAGGCUCGGUUUACCUGUGAGGUGUCUGUACCCGUCUCUAAAUCACCCGUAUGGACUCUGAACGACGAGGCGCUGAAACCCGGACCAGGGGUCGUCAUGGAGAGAACGGGGGACGUACACAGGCUUACUCUCAAACACACGUCCCAGGACAUGAGCGGCAGCGUGGGGUUCGUUUUAGGAACGGCCAAGAGCAUCGCCAACCUGCACGUCAAGAAAUGAUCGUGAGUGACGUGGAUCCGGAUUUAUUCUGCUGAUGUUGUCUGUGAGGAGGCGAGAGGAGGCGAGAGGAGGCGAGAGGAGACGUGAGGAGGCGAGAGGAGGCGAGAGGAGACGUGAGGAGGCGAGAGGAGACGUGAGGAGGCGAGAGGAGGCGAGAGUGUUACUGUACUUUUGUAAUGAAGCUUUUCUGUUUAAUCAUAUUAAAAUUAUAUUAUUAUUAUUAUUAUUAAUAAAAUAAAAUGAGCCACCUCUGUUUUGCACUGAUCCUGAAGCUGUAAUAAAACCAGGAGAGAUUUAGACCGUUUUAGUGGAAGUAAAAGACGCCCCCCAACGUUCCAGGUUUGGUUUGAUGAUGGUUUAAGUGCUUCUCUGGAUUUAAUCCUGAAUUUAAUUGUAAUUCCUGAUAAAAUUGUUUGUUUAUUGUGAAUAAACGCUGAUUAAAAUAUCGUAAAUAACGUCUAAGGAAAAUAACAGAAUCAAUCACUCACUGAUUCAAUCACUCACUGAUUCACUCAAUCAAUUAAUCACUCACUCACUGAUUCAAUUAAUUACUCACUGAUUUAAUAACUCACUAAUCAAACACACUGAUUUACUUACUGAUUCAAUCACUCAAUAGACAAUCACUCACUGAUUCAAUCACUUUAAUCACUGAUUCAAUAACUCAUUCACUGUAUUAAUUACUCACAGAUUCAUUUACUCAUUGAAUCAAUCAAUAAAUGAAUGAAUCAAUCACUGAAUCAAUCCCCCAC